GUCCUCUUGAAAACCCUAGCUGUUCUUUGUAGUAGCUGUUUUCUCUCUUUUAGUUAUUGUUUUUUUUUUCGUUCUUUAUAUUCUUUUUUGUCGACACAACAAAAGAAAAUAGUGAUGGCCGGUAAAGGAGAAGGUCCAGCGAUCGGUAUCGAUCUCGGAACUACUUAUUCAUGCGUCGGUGUUUGGCAACAUGAUCGUGUUGAAAUCAUCGCUAACGAUCAAGGUAACAGAACGACGCCGUCUUAUGUUGGUUUUACCGACACCGAGCGUUUGAUAGGUGAUGCUGCGAAGAACCAGGUUGCUAUGAACCCCAUCAACACCGUCUUCGAUGCAAAGAGAUUGAUUGGACGUAGAUUCAGUGAUGCUUCUGUUCAGAGUGACACUAAAUUGUGGCCCUUCAAGGUCAUUCCUGGGCCUGGUGACAAGCCAAUGAUUUGUGUUACAUACAAGGGUGAAGAGAAGCAAUUUGCUGCUGAGGAGAUCUCUUCAAUGGUGCUCAUUAAGAUGCGUGAAAUUGCUGAGGCUUACCUUGGGUCUACAAUUAAAAACGCCGUAGUUACCGUCCCUGCUUACUUCAAUGACUCUCAGCGUCAAGCAACAAAGGAUGCUGGUGUCAUUGCUGGACUUAAUGUCAUGCGUAUUAUCAACGAGCCCACGGCUGCUGCCAUUGCUUAUGGUCUCGACAAGAAAGCUACCAGUGUCGGCGAAAAGAAUGUCUUGAUCUUUGAUCUUGGUGGUGGUACUUUUGAUGUCUCUCUUCUUACCAUUGAAGAGGGUAUAUUUGAAGUGAAAGCCACUGCUGGUGACACUCAUCUUGGAGGUGAAGAUUUUGAUAACAGAAUGGUGAACCACUUUGUGCAAGAGUUUAAAAGAAAGAACAAGAAGGACAUUAGUGGUAAUCCCAGGGCUCUUAGGAGGUUGAGGACUGCUUGUGAAAGGGCGAAGAGAACUUUAUCAUCCACUGCUCAAACAACCAUCGAAAUUGACUCCUUGUAUGAGGGUAUCGAUUUUUACUCUACCAUUACCCGUGCCAGGUUUGAAGAACUUAACAUGGAUCUAUUCAGGAAGUGUAUGGAACCAGUUGAGAAAUGUUUGAGGGAUGCUAAGAUGGACAAGAGCACUGUCCAUGAUGUCGUUCUUGUUGGUGGUUCCACUAGAAUUCCAAAGGUCCAACAACUUUUACAAGAUUUCUUCAAUGGGAAGGAGCUUUGCAAGAGCAUCAACCCUGAUGAGGCCGUUGCAUACGGUGCUGCAGUCCAAGCUGCUAUAUUGAGUGGUGAAGGUAAUGAGAAAGUGCAAGAUCUCUUGCUCUUGGAUGUCACCCCAUUGUCUCUCGGUUUGGAAACCGCUGGUGGUGUUAUGACCGUUUUGAUUCCAAGGAACACCACCAUUCCAACCAAAAAAGAACAAGUCUUCUCAACCUACUCCGACAACCAACCUGGAGUGUUGAUCCAAGUCUACGAAGGUGAAAGAACAAGGACCAGAGACAACAACUUGCUCGGUAAAUUUGAGCUCUCUGGCAUCCCUCCUGCUCCUAGAGGUGUCCCACAGAUCACUGUCUGCUUUGAUAUCGAUGCUAAUGGUAUCUUAAACGUCUCUGCCGAAGACAAAACCACUGGACAAAAGAACAAAAUCACCAUCACAAACGACAAGGGCCGACUCUCCAAAGAAGAAAUUGAAAAGAUGGUUCAAGAAGCAGAGAAAUACAAAUCCGAAGAUGAAGAACAUAAAAAGAAGGUCGAGGCAAAGAAUGCAUUGGAAAACUAUGCAUACAAUAUGAGGAACACAGUUAAGGACGAAAAGAUUGGUGCCAAACUCCCAGCAGCUGAUAAAAAGAAGAUUGAAGAUGCUAUUGAACAAGCCAUUCAAUGGCUAGACAGCAACCAACUCGCCGAAUCCGAUGAAUUUGAAGACAAGAUGAAGGAGUUGGAGAGUAUUUGCAACCCCAUCAUUGCUAAGAUGUACCAGGGUGCCGGCGGUGACAUGGGUGGUGGCAUGGAUGAGGAUGUUACGGCUGGUGGAAGUGGUGCUGGUCCUAAGAUUGAGGAAGUUGACUAAAACAUUGAUUUUCUUCAUCUGGUUUCUCUAUUGUGUUCUCUUAUGUUUUUUGGGAUUUAAACCGUUUGGUUUUGUUGUUUGGUUUCUAAUCGGAUUGAAAUGAACUUUUAUAGGGUUUGUUCCUUUUUUGGGAUACUCUUUAUCAGUAGCACCUGUGAUUGUUGUGUUUUGGAAACAGGUCCCUUUUGAACUUCCUAAAGAUAUUAAGACUUCUGUUUAUGAAA